UUCCGGCUCAGCCACGGGAGGUUAAUGGCGUCGGCGGAGCCUCUUGUGCUGCUUGGAGGGUCGAAGCGGUUCCUGGGAGACAAAGAAGAUGCCAAGACGAUUACUGUGGAAAACAGAAACUGAGAAGCAGCUUUAAAAAGGAUAAGUCAUCAAACAUUUUUUUUACUUCCUCUGGAUAGUGAAAACCACUUUUUAUUCCUCACCAGAUGAGAGACAAGGGAGAGAAUAACAAGAACAAACUUUUGAGCUGGAAAAAAUAGAGUAUAUGGACUUGAAGUAAACUUUACACGAGAAGGCAAGGAAGAUAAUUUCCAACUAAAGAAAAAGUGGGAAAUUCCUAGAAGUCAUAGAAGAGAAAAGGUCACUUAGAUAGCCAAAUUGGACAGGCAUUAUUUAAAGCCUUUGAGGAAGGAAAUAAUGGCUUCAAUCAAAGAAAUUCCAAGUAAGAGAUCAGAAAUAUUUUUGGUCUCCACAAAAAUCCAAUAAUAUCAGUGUUGGAAAAACAACACAGUCAGCUUAAUGUGGGGAAAAAACAGACUGUAGAUCACAGCUGACUAUGCAUAAGAGGAUCCACCAAAUGAAAAGCCAUAGAAAUGUUUGGAAUGCGGCAAAAGCUUUACUCCGAAAAGCUUCCUCAUGAUUGAUGGAAGGACCCAUACUAGAGAGAAGCUCUACUAGUGCUCCCAAUGUGACAGAAGCUUUACAAUGCACACCAAUGUAGUGAGACAGAAGGGGACUUGCACUGGAGAGAAACAUUUUGAAUGUCCUGAUUGUGGAAAAAGUUUCACAUGGAAUUCUGCGCUGGUGAAACACAAGAGGACUCACACGGGAGAGAAACCAUAUGAGUGCCCAGAUUGUGGGAAAAGUUUCAGUCAGAAUUCCAAUCUGGCGAGACAUCGGAGGACUCACACAGGAGAAAAACCAUAUGAGUGUUCGGAUUGUGGAAAAAGUUUCCUGGAUAUUUCCAACCUGAUAAAACAUCAGAGGACUCACACAGGAGAAAAACCAUACGAGUGUCUAUAUUGUGGGAAAUGUUUCUGUCAGAAUUCCCACCUGGUGGAACAUCAGAGAACUCACACAGGAGAAAAACCGUAUGAGUGCCCUGAUUGUAGGAAAUGUUUCAGGUUGAAUUCCCACCUGAUAGAACACCAGAGGACUCACACAGGGGAGAAACCAUAUAAAUGUGUAGAUUGUGGGAAAAGUUUCUAUCGGAAUUCUCACCUGGUGGUACAUCAGAGAACUCAUACUGGAGACAAGCAGUAUCAGUGUCUGGAUUGUGGAAAAAAAUUCAGUCGGAAGUCUGGCCUGGUUUUACACCAGAUGACUCAUACAGGAGAAAAAUUACAUGAGUGUCUGUUUUGUGGGAAAAGUUUCAUUCAGAAUUAUGAAUUGGUUAUACACCAGAGGACUCACACAGGAGAAAAACCAUAUGAAUGUGUUGAAUGUGGGAAACGUUUCUGUCGGAAAUCCAGUUUGGUGAUACACUGGAGGACUCACACAGGAGAGAAACUGUAUGAGUGUCCAGAUUGUGGGAAAAGUUUCAUUCAGAAUGCCAAGCUGGUGAUGCACCAGAGAACUCACACAGGAGAAAAACCAUAUCAAUGUCCAGAUUGUGGCAAAAAUUUCAGUCAGAAUUCUUACCUGGUGAAACACCAGAGGACUCAUACUGGAGAAAAACCGUAUGAGUGUCUUGAAUGUGGGAAAAAUUUCAGUUGGAAUUCCAGUUUGGUGAUACAUGAGAGAACUCACACAGGAGAGAAACCAUAUGAAUGUCCUGAUUGUGGGAAAGAUUUCAGUACUAGGUCUAGCCUUAUAAAUCAUGUAAGGUUACACAUAGGGGAGUAAUCAUUCAAAUACCCAGAUUGCAGAC